UUCAUUCUGAUGAGGGUGUUCUUCCUUCUGCCCCAGUCCACUUCUAUCAUUCAGGGAUACAAAUGUUUCUUUAUCCACAUUCGAGUCUGUCACCGGAGCUGAAUUAUCAAUAUUAAACACACAGUCGGGACCCGUUCGCGCGCCUUUAAUCAAACCAUGGGAUUGACACGCUGACACGGAGAUAUUUGAGCGUUUGGAAGAGAAACUCUGAAGGACUGAAAACUUUGUAUCCACACCUUUGUUUCGCGAAACUUUUUUUUGCAUGUCUUUACGUUCUAUGUAGGACUAUCGGAAGAUUCCAGGCACGCGAAUGGAUAUCAAAUGAUGCCCGUGGACUGUUUUGGAGGUUUAUUGCAGUGUGGUUUUGUAGGAAGAAACCCCUAUUCCACAACCCACAGGCGUCUGAUCUAAUCAUGGGAAAUCUAGGAACGUCUUGUUUUUUCUAGCCUCGGCAAAAUCGCGUUUAUAAGAUUUGGGGUUAGUUCGGAUUACAGCUCUCGCUGAGAGAAGAAAGUUUCGUUUUAAUCAGACUUUUGGGUUUUUAAAGUGCCAACAUGCCUCAGUUAAACGGAGGAGGAGGCGAUGACCUGGGAGCAAAUGAUGAACUUAUUUCCUUUAAAGAUGAGGGCGAGCAAGAGGAGAAAAUAUCAGAGAAUGUGUCGUCAGAGAGAGAUCUGGAUGAGGUGAAAUCUUCUCUAGUAAACGAGUCCGAGAACAACAGCAGCUCAUCAGACUCCGAACAAACAGACUGGCGUCCUCGACCCAGACCAGAACUAGAAAGUUACGAGAAACAGAGAGAAUACUUUGCGGAAGCUUUGAGACGACAACAAGAUGGAGGAUUUUUCAAGGGACCCCCUUACGCUGGUUAUCCGUUUCUUAUGAUCCCAGAUAUUACGAAUCCAUACCUUUCCAACGGAUCGCUAUCUCCCAGCACACGAACGUAUCUACAAAUGAAAUGGCCGCUUCUUGACGUUCCCGGGACUGCAGCCCUUAAAGACUCCAGAUCACCAACACCAGGGCACUUAUCCAAUAAGGUCCCAGUGGUACAACACCCCCAUCAUGUUCAUCCCCUUACACCGCUGAUCACCUACAGCAAUGAACACUUCUCCCCUGGGACGCCUCCCUCUCACCUUUCACCGGAGAUUCUUGACCCAAAGACGGGAAUACCAAGGACCCCUCAUCCUUCAGAGCUGUCCCCAUAUUACCCUCUCUCUCCUGGGGCAGUUGGACAGAUCCCGCACCCUCUAGGAUGGCUGGUUCCUCAGCAUGGCCAACACAUGUACUCCAUCCCUCCUGGGGGCUUCAGACACCCCUACCCUGCACUCGCCAUGAACGCCUCCAUGUCUAGUCUGGUAUCCAGUCGUUUCUCUCCUCACAUGGUGCCUCAUCCUUCUCAUGGCCUGCACCAGACGGGCAUCCCUCACCCCGCCAUUGUGUCGCCUGCCAUCAAACAGGAGCCCAACGGCGACAAUGCCAGCAACUCGACACACGGAAAGCCCUCAGUGCCCGUGAAGAAAGAGGAAGAGAGGAAGCCUCACAUCAAGAAGCCCCUAAAUGCCUUUAUGCUCUACAUGAAGGAAAUGAGGGCCAAAGUAGUGGCCGAAUGCACCCUGAAAGAGAGCGCAGCCAUCAACCAGAUCCUGGGCAGGAGGUGGCACUCUCUUUCACGUGAGGAACAGGCCAAAUACUAUGAACUCGCCAGAAAAGAACGGCAGCUGCACUCUCAGCUUUAUCCGGGCUGGUCUGCGCGAGACAACUACGGAAAGAGGAAGAAACGGAAGAGAGACAAUAAACCUGAUUCCCCACAAGAGAGUAACUUCUUGCCCCAGCCCAAGAAGCAGUGCGUCCCGUACUUGCCAUCCGAGAAAAUGUGUGACAGCCCUACCUCCUCUCACGGCAGCAUGCUGGACUCGCCCGCCACACCGUCCGCUGCCCUGGCUUCACCGGCGGCCCCUGCGGCCACGCACUCGGAGCAGGCUCAACCCCUGUCCCUCACCACUAAACCAGAGGGCAGGACCCAUCACCCACACUUCCCCCUGCCAGGGAAAGCAUCGGGCUCCAGCUCCAAUUCCUCUUCCUCAUCCAGCUCCCAUCCGAGCAUCUCUCUCCACAGCCAAUCGGCGGCCCUCCUGUCCCGUCCCAUCCCGUUCACCACCCUCCCUCCCUCCCUGCUCUCCCCGUCCUCGCCUUUCCACCAGGCAGCCCUACAUUCCCAUCAUGCCUUGAUGCAGACACAACCUCUCUCUCUGGUCACCAAAUCAGCGGAGUGAAUGGAAAAAAAAGACAAACUUUUUACACUUGUAUAUUGCUUUUUUUAAAACAUUUUUAUAGAUAUUAGACCAAGUUUUUAAGAUAGAAUGAAAAGGAAUAAUUAUUGGUCAAUAUUUGACCACCCCUCUAUUUUGCUUUUGUCUUUGAAACAAAAAUGUAUUUUUUGUAAAUUGCCUUUUUCCAACGUUAUUCUCCAAUGUUGCUACUUGUAUAAAAGUCAAAUGUAUAAAGAUUUCUUCUUUUUUUUUUUUAAGCCGUACUUGACAAAAUACAAUUUGUAGUUUUAGUUCAAUUCAGUCUAAUGGUAGUUAGGAGUUUGAUUUUUCAUUACUGCAUUCUCUCCCUUUUUUUUCUUUCUUUUGGUACCACCUCACCCUGUUCCUAACCCAGUGUGUGUGACUCUCGUAAGACUCCAUAGCUAAUAAACCUCAAGUUAUUUCUAAA